AUUACGUUCAACAUGUGACAGUUGAUGUGACACGGGCUAUCGCGUUUCUUUUUUGCUUCCUUUCCUUCUCUGUUUUUACUCAAGAUGGGUAUUAGCCGCGAUAGUGCUCAUAAGCGCCGCGCCACUGGUGGCAAACGUAAAUCCCUUCGCAAGAAGCGCAAGUUCGAGUUGGGUCGUCCUGCUGCCAACACUAAAUUGGGUGGAAGCCGCAUCCAUUCUGUAAGAACCCGCGGUGGUAACACCAAAUUCCGUGCCCUCCGUCUUGAAAAUGGUAAUUUUGCCUGGGCCUCUGAAGGUAUUGCCCGCAAGACCCGUAUCGCUGAUGUUGUAUACAAUGCCUCCAACAACGAGUUGGUCCGUACCAAAACUUUGGUAAAGAACACCAUUGUUGUCAUUGAUGCCACCCCCUUCCGUCAGUGGUACGAAUCGCAUUAUGUUUUGCCUUUGGGUCGCAAACGUAACCCCAAACAACAACAAAAGGACGACGAUAAUGAUGUCCUCACCAAGAAGCGCAGCGAAAAAGCCAUGAAGAAAUACUUGGAGCGCCAAAAGUAUGCCAAGGUUGAACAAGCUUUGGAAGAUCAAUUCGUUUCUGGUCGUAUCCUAGCCUGCGUUUCAUCUCGUCCCGGCCAAUGCGGUCGUGCCGAUGGCUACAUUUUGGAGGGCAAAGAAUUGGAAUUCUAUCUUAAGAAAAUCAAGUCCAAGAAAUAAACUAUUUCUUAUUUGUUUUAAUAUUAAAACAAACCUUUUUUAAAAACAACCGUUUUACAUAAUUGUAACUUUAUUUAACACACACAAGAAAAUAUUGUAUGUGACAUUUGGAGGAAAGUUGUUGGUGUUAUUGCCAAAGCAGAGAGCCUAAAAGUUGGACAUGAAGAUUUGACAAAAAAAGGAAUAAAACCACUAAACAUGGGUUACGUUUUUAAGUAACAAAAAUUA